UUUUCGUCCCGUGGCGGCUGGGCUGCGCUGCGCUGCGCUGCGUUGAGUGACUCCGGGAAGGCGGCUCACUCCGCGGAGGACACGGAAGGCAGCGGUGGGGGGACUCAGCGACAGGAUGGGCAGGCUGCCGAGGCUCAGCUGCGGGACCCUCCUGGUGCCCGCCUUGCUCCUGCUCCAGGCGCUCCGCAACUGCCAGAGCCACGAAGUCGUCCUGCUAGAUUUCGCCAAGGCCCAGGGGGAUCUCGGAUGGCUCAAUCAUCCCUAUGGAAAAGGGUGGGAUCUUCUUCAGAACGUUAUGAACGAAUCCCUCAUCUACAUCUACUCCGUCUGCAACGUGCAGGAAGGCGAUCAGGAUAACUGGCUGAGGACCAACUGGAUCUACCGCGGGGAAGCCCAGCGUAUCUUCAUUGAAAUCCAGUUCACAGUCCGGGACUGCAACACCUUCUCACCUGGGACGGGCACCUGCAAGGAGACUUUCAACCUCUUCUACGCAGAGUCGGACGUCGACUACGGCAUCAAUUUCCAGAAGCGCCAGUUCCAAAAGAUCGACACAAUCGCCCCCGACGAGAUCACCCUGCUGGAGGACUUCAGCACCCGCAAUGUCAAGAUCAACGUGGAGGUGCGCUCGGUUGGCCCCCUCACCCGGAAGGGAUUCUACGUGGCCUUCCAGGACAUCGGGGCCUGCGUGGCACUCCUCUCCGUCCGAAUCUACUACAAGAAGUGUCCCGCCGUCUUCCGCAAUAUGGCCAGCUUCCCGGAAACCAUUGCUGGGGCCGAUUCGCAAGCGCUGGCCAAGGUGCCUGGCACCUGUGUGGCAGAAGCUGUGGCAACCGAGGAGCCCUUCAUGCACUGCAACUCGGACGGGGAGUGGCUGGUGCCUAUUGGCGAGUGCCUUUGCCGAGAAGGAUACGAAAAAGACGGCGACAGCUGCAGGGCUUGCUCACCAGGAUUCUUUAAACAAGACGUCUCCAACAGCGCCUGCGCGAAGUGUCCCGCACACACACUGCCUUCUUUGGAAGGCUCCACUUUGUGUCCUUGCGAGGAAGGCUACUUCCGGGCUCCGAGUGAUCCGGUUUCCAUGGCGUGCACAAAGCCCCCCUCUGCUCCUCAGGGGGUGACAGCGAUCGGUCUGGGGGCUAAAGUCCAGCUGCGUUGGUCUCCACCCCAGAACUCGGGAGGCCGCCAAGAUGUCAGCUACCGAGUGUCAUGCGAACAGUGCUGGCCAGACUCGGGGGACUGCCGAUCUUGCGACGCCGCUCUCCGAUAUUCGGACAAUCCGCACAAACUCACCGGCACAUCCUUGACGGUUAGCGAUCUGGAGCCACACGUAAACUACACUUUCACCGUAGAAGCCCAAAAUGGCGUGUCCUCCUUCAGUACCCAGCGCAGC